GAACACCCAUUUGAUCUCUCGAUACCUCCUCUCUCUCUCCCCCUCUAGUCCCCACCAUGGAUUCAUUUGCAUGGGCGGCGGUCUCUCAGACUCCGGGGCUAGCCGGCGGCGGCGCCGUCUCCGACGGGAGAGGAGGGGGUCUCUUGCCGCCGAUGCCCGGGUUCCAGCUCCCACCACCGGCCGGUCUCGAGCGCUUCUCGGUGGACUCCGGCCUCGUCGAGCGGGCGGGGCGCUCGUCCUGUUUCGGCGCUGCAAAUGGAACAGCAACCACUGCAAGCGCCUCAAACAUCACCUUGGAGGGGGCGUCGCGUCACCGGAGCAAGGUCGCCGGCGGGAACAGCAGUGUCAGUGGCGUCCACGACGAGGCCGCCACCGGAGACUGCUCCUCCGGCGGACCGGAGCCGGACUCCAAGAACAUGAAGAGAUCAAACGAGGACGUUCUUGCGACGGAUCAAGCGAAGGCGUCCAACGCGUCCACCGAUUCCGCAAACGAGAGUUCGCGCAGCAAGGGCGUCAAAGGCGAAGAGAAUGGCCUGGCCGCAGCGUCGGUGGUGGCCGGCAAGAGGAAACGGAAUGGAUCGAAGGCGCCUGACGAGGAAGGCGAAGAGUACAUCCAUGUCAGGGCCCGGAAGGGGCAGGCAACCAACAGGCACAGCCUCGCAGAGAGGUUGAGAAGGGAGAAGAUCAGCGAGAGGAUGAAGCUUCUGCAAGACCUUGUUCCUGGUUGCAGCAAAGUGACCGGGAAGGCGGUAAUGCUGGAUGAGAUCAUCAACUACGUCCAGUCCCUGCAAAGGCAGGUCGAGUUCCUAUCCAUGAAGCUUGCGGCGGUCAAUCCGCAGCUCGGCCUCAACAUAGAAGGGAUCCUGUCAAAAGAUCUUAUUCGCUUCCCCGGUGCUCCUCCGUCUGCUCCCAUCGGAUUCUCAUUGUCGCAGUCAGGCAUGGUCCAGGAAGGCGUUCAUGGAGUGGCCGGUUCGAAUGGGUUCAGAACAGUCAUGCAGGGGCAACUAAAUGAGAGAGACUCGUUCAGAGAGCAUGUUUCUCAGUCUCUGGAGCAGAUUCCUCGCGCCUUGGAUGGAUGGUUCCACAAUGCAGGGCAAACAGCGUACAGGGCAGGCAUCGAUCCAGAACAUCUGAGCAUCGGCCCUGAUCAGGACGCGUUUCAUCUGUGAUGUUCAGCUCCAGCUUCAUGGAUGUUCAAAGUUUCUUGUCAUCAGCAGAGAGACAGGCACAUAACUAGCAUGUGCACGGUAGUAACUGCAUAGUGCAGGAGCAGGACAAGCUUGAAUGCUCCAGGAAAGUUCAGACGUUCCUACCAUUGCUCCAGGAUUGUUAAUGGGGUGUCGUUUGUGUUCAGAGCUGAAAGUUCAGACACCGAAAGUAGGGUUCUGUAGGCUGUAGCUAUGAAUUUAUGAUGUUGGAAAGCCUGUCUAGGUGGAGUCUGGGGCCUGUAGUGACUAUCCCUGAAGAUUAAAUACCUACGAAAAUAGGCAGAAUUGCUGCACAGUGCAUUAUUAGUUCCAAAGUAUUGUUUGUAUCAUUAUUAACAACGCAAGUUUACAAAACAGCAAUGGCAACAUAUAUUCAGAUUGAGCACACGCAUUUACUCGCUCAA